AUGAAAUUGAAAAUGGAAAUGGAAAUCAAAAUGAAGCAAAGGAAAGAGAAGAAGAAGAAGAAGAAGAAGAAGAAGAAGAAGAAGAAGAAGAAGAAGAAGAAGAAGAA